UUGAGCCAAAAAACGAGUCAGACACAGCAGCUCUCCUCCUCUGAGCGCCUCUCAGACUCGGAUGUGAAUGACAGCGAGUGUAUGAGGGCCUGUUUUGACAUGCCUUAAGAGGGAUUAUUAAUGUCACAGAACUUUAAAAUGGAUUUCCAUCAGAGGGCGGCUCUGGAUAUCUCCACCAAGAACCCUCAGGAUGAUUUUGAGAUCCUGCUGAGAGUUGGAGGAGGAACCUACGGGGAGGUCUACAAGGCCCGCAACAAGCAGAAUGGAGAGCUGGCAGCUAUUAAAGUCAUCAAGAUGGAGCCAGAAGAUGACUUCUCCAUCAUCCAGCAGGAAAUCAUCAUCGUUAAGAGCUGCAAGCAUCCCAACAUUGUGGCUUAUUAUGGCAGCUACAUACGAGCCAAUAAACUGUGGAUCUGUAUGGAGUUCUGCGGAGGAGGUUCCCUCCAGGAUAUCUACCAUGUGACCGGCCCGCUGUCUGAAUCACAGAUAGCCUACAUCUGCAGGGAGAUGCUACAGGGUCUGGACUACCUGCAUGCACAGAAGAAAAUCCACAGAGAUAUUAAGGGUGCCAACAUCCUCCUAAAUGAUCAGGGCGAGGUCAAACUAGCUGAUUUCGGGAUCUCAGCUCAAAUCACAGCCACUCUGGCCCGGAGGAUGUCCUUCAUCGGGACGCCGUACUGGAUGGCCCCAGAGGUAGCAGCUGUGGAGAUUAAAGGCGGCUACAACGAACUCUGUGACAUCUGGUCUGUGGGCAUCACUGCCAUCGAGCUGGCAGAGCUGCAGCCUCCCAUGUUUGACGUCCACCCGCUGCGAGUCCUGUUUCUCAUGUCCAAGAGCGGCUACCAGCCUCCGAAACUGAAGGAUAAAUCCAAAUGGUCGUCCAACUUUUACAACUUUGUGAAGGCCAUGCUGGUGAGGAACCCCAAGAAGAGACCCAGCGCCGCCAAGAUGCUCUCACACCCCUUUCUGACCCAGCAGUGUCUGAACCAGGAGCUGACGCUGGACCUGCUGGAUAAAUUCAGAAACCCUGAGAAACACAAGACGUGCGUGUCGACGGAGGACGACGACAUGGAGGUGGUUCCUCCUGCAUCGUUAAGAAGAAUCCAGUCUAUCAACAAGCACAACCGGGCCGAGAGAACCAAUUCUGACAUUAGCUUCGAACAGAUUUACACGCAGCGACCGAUGAAGACCGGAUCCCCAAAUGUAACGUUAAGGGCUUCAUCAGGAUCAACGGGCAGCAUCAACAGUCCGCCCAGGGACCAGGACUCGGACUCUGACGACUACGAUGAUGUGGACAUCCCCACGAUGCAGCACUCCUGUCUGCCAGAAGACGAAACUCCUCCUCCGCUUCCUCCAAAGCCCAAAGCUCGGACCAGCUCAGAGGAGAGCAUGGCAGGAGAGGACGACCGGUUGAGGAAACCCAGCUCUCUGUGCGCCCCCUCCCCUCUCAUCAGGACCUCCAGUGGGACCCACGUCCGGCCCACACCUCAUCCACGAGCCUCACGCCACUCAGACCCUCCAUCAUUACCAGUCCAGCUUCAUAACAGUCCACCAGACCCCCCUCCUCCUGAACUGCCUCCUAAGGACUUCCGGAGACGGAAACCAAAGGACCUUCCAGAAUGUCCCAGCCCCGUAUUGAAGAAACCUCCUGUCUAUUUUAAAAAGAUAUUUCACGGCUGCCCUCUGAAGAUAAACUGCUCCGCAACCUGGGAAAACCCCACGUCCAAAGAGCAGCAUCUGAUCCUGGCGGCCGAGGAAGGGAUCUACACCUUGAACCUAAACGGCUCCGAAGCCACCAUGGAGCUGUUAUACCCUGGGAAGUGCAUCUGGGUCUACACCAUUAAUAACGUCCUCAUGUCGGUAUCAGGCAAAUCGUCGCAGCUUCACUCGCAUUCACUAAAAGAAUUGUACGAACAGGCCCGGAAAGAACAGAGAAUGGUUCCCUUACCGACUCACAGGCUGUUGUCGAGAAAAUGCCCAGUGACGAGCAAAAUACCGGAUACCAAAGGCUGCAAGACCUGCGCAGUUGGAGGAAGCCUGCAGCGGGGAUCCGUGUUCCUCUGCUGUGCUCUGGACUCCAGCGUGGUUCUGCUGCAGUGGUACGAGCCCAUGCACAAGUUCAUGCUGAUCAAGCAUUUUGACUUCCCCCUGCCCAGCCCUCUGCGGGUGUUUGAGAUGGUGGUGCCGCCCCAACAGGAGUACCCAAUGGUGUGUAUCGGCGUGUCUCGGGGGUCCAGCCCCAACAUGCCGGUAGCCAUGGAGUACAUCAAUCUGAACUCGAACACGUCCUGGUUCUUCAAAUCUGGCAUGGAGAAACCUUGUCCUGACGUCGUUCAGGUGACCCAGCUGGACACCAGCUCGCUGCUCGUGCUCAUGGAGAAGUCGGUACAAAUAGUUAAUCUGGAAGGAGAGCUGAAGAGCAACCGCCAUCUUCCCCAGGAGACCACCUUGUCACAUGAUGUUGAAUCUAUAGUGUAUUUUGAGGACACACUUUUGGCUGUUUGGCGUCACGGCUGGCAGAGGAGAACAAAGAGUUUCAAUGAGGUGCUGGAGGAGACGACGGACCACAGAAAGAUCUACAAGAUAGUAAAGUCAGACAGGAUGGUGGUUUUGGAAACGCGUCAGGUCGAGGACCAGCUGGGUCUGUCCAACCUGUAUCUCCUGGAGAUCGCUGAGAACUACGUCCUGCUGCCCUGACUCUCCUGCGUGCCGACUCAGGAACCUUCCCGAGUCUCAGAAAUCAGCUGGGAGUGAACGGACUAAACACCAGGCACGAUCAUUUGUGAACAUUUGUUUACAGUCGGUGGGCAUCGCUUCGGGGAGAGGAGGAAGUGAUGACAAAAGGAGAUUGUUUGUAGCUCUUAUCCCUCCAUCAGAGGGAGCCUGCUCUUUAUUUAUGCUCUUUUUAACUCUGUUGGUGGCAUCAGGAAGAAUCUGGAGACACCAGAGAGCUGAGAAACCCCUGAAAGAUUAGUGAAAAACGGAAGAGGAGCGUCUACUUCGCUCCUGCACAGUAUUAUAGAUCACAGCCUGCAGGGACUGACAGAUAUGGCUUCCAUAAGUUUCCACAAACAAGCUGUUCUGCUGUAUUGUGUGACCUGAGCUUGUGUGUCAGAGCUGCAUCACAUGUGCUACUGAUAUUACACUUUAAUAAAGUUAAAUAACACAACUUAA